GUAUACACGUCAGACUUGAAUUGGAAGGACAUUCUUCUGGUAUGCACUGCAACACCACUACAAAGGCCUAAGGCAGCUAUUCAUGCGAUGCAAUAUGCUACAUAAGUCUGUGUUUUCAAAGUUAUAACUCUAGUUUUGAAACAGUUGAACGGUUGAAAUCUUGCAUUCGGGUCGUAGUCUUCAACUUCAAUUCAGUUUCACUUAAACUUCGAAUUGGGCGUGGAAGAAAUAGCACAAUGUCUCAAUCGUUCGCUAGUUCAGAAUCGGGGAACCAACACACGCGGGUGACCAGUCGUGCGAAACCGGGCUUCCUGGAGCGACUGAGUGAGACAGCAGGAGGAAUGGUGGUUGGACUUGGACUUUUUGCGCUCUCCUUCUACGUACUGUUCACGAAUGAGGGCAGAGCACUGCGUACUGCAGCAUCCCUUGAUGAAGGUCUCUCUCAAGUGAUCCCCCUUCACCCUUACUCAGGCUUAGAACCUCAGAACAACGGUAACUUGGUCCACCUGUCAGCGAAAUUACGCACUGCACAGCCUCUCCAUGACCCAAACUACAGGGUGGCCUUGCAGGCGGUGAAGUUGAAACGGCAAGUAGAGAUGUACCAAUGGGUGGAGUACCAGGAGAGCAGGGAUUAUGUGGAGGAUGGGGAACAGAAGAGUGAGACCACCUACACCUACAACACAGAGUGGAAGUCCGAAGUUAUUAACAGUCGGAACUUUGAUAAAGAAAUUGGCCAUAUGAAUCCCAGUGCCAUGGCAGUGGAGAGUGUGACUGUGGUAGCUCCAGAAGUGUGGGUGGGACCAUUCUUGCUCUCCAAAGGUUUGGUGGACCAGAUAAAUAAUUUUCAGACCUUGAGUCUGACUGGACUGCCACCGUCCCAUGUGGACCCCUUCCUCACUGUAGACGGAGACUACUUUUACCACACCCAUAACCCACGGCGCCCAGAAGUGGGGGAUGUUCGUGUGAGCUUCUCGUAUGCUGGGCUUAGUGGAGAGGGCACCUGGCCUGGACCUGCCCUCACUGUGAGCACUGUGGCCAUGCAGAGGGGAGAGCAGCUGACACCUUUCAAAACCAAGUCAGGUGAUCCACUGGAGAUCCUCUAUAUGGAGGAACUUACAGCAAAGGAGGUGUUUGAGCGUGAGCACCAGCACAACUCUAUGAUGACCUGGGCUCUGAGGGCUGGAGGUUGGGCUCUUAUGUUCUUGGGUGUCAGCUUGACCGUGCGCAUCGUCCACACAAUGGUGGACUGGGUUCCUAUUCUCAGGGAGCUGGUGUCUUUGGGUCUGAAGCUAUUUGCUUUGACUGUUUCGAGCUCCUUGUCCCUGCUGACCAUCGCUGCUGGCUGGCUGUACUACCGCCCCCUGGUGGCCAUCCUUUUAUGUGCACUGGCACUGCUCCCAAUUCUCCUGGGCCGCUCGCGGGCCCCCACCAAAAAACACCAAUGACCUCUGACCUAAGAGUCGCUCUGACGUCUCUUGGUGCUUGUUGUUCUCACUGGAUGUGCUUUGUCUUGAUUCCCAAACUGUGAGGAAUGAAGUGUGUGUUUGUUUGUUACCUAACAAUGCAGUUAUGCUCACAUUACCAAAGUUUUUUUUUUUUAUCAUGAGCUCUGACUGCGUGAUAUGAAGUCACUUUGUGAAGUACAGCAGCAAAUGCGACUGUCCAGACAAUUUAAAUAUUGUCUACAGUAUGUAUAUUACUGCUACAAUGUGUUGUCUUUACAAAUCAGCAGGGAUUGUGUAGUUUCUAAGACCAUAGAAGGUUCUGUGUUAUAUGCAUACAAGUUAUUUUGAGGACCGCACACACCAAGCAGAAUUAGUGUUUAUAAUUUUGAGAUGCAACUGCAAUGGUCUUGCUUGUGGAUGCAUACUAUUACUGCAAUUAAGUAUUUCAUUCAUGCGAUGCAUACAUGCAGCAAGUUUACAGGAAGUACAAAUUAGAUAUGGUCAUUUGUGAAUGUCUGAACUCCACACAGGAAUAUAGGUAUGUGUUAUCUACAGUUCUGCUUUAAGUGUUGCCUUGUGUCCAGCAGUCCCAUACCCAGUCAAACGACAGCGAGGGAAUUGAAGAACGAUUAGUUGUGUAGCUUACAAAUUCUUUUGAACUAUUUGUAAAAUAUUUCAUAUCCAGAGACAGACGUUGCCAAAGAAUGGACACAGGAGCAGAAACACAUCCAUGCACUGAGGAGGAUCAGGGCCAGAGAGGGGUCAUUGUGAUUCUGUAAAGGUAUAUGACAUCUGACAUUUUUGUAACCCCGUUUGUGGUACACUGAUCAUUUGCCAAAAACUCAUUUUCAUGCUCAUCACUUCCUGCACUAUGCUGCCUGCGUAUAAGGUUUGUGUAGAAUGUACAUUUGCUGGAUUUUGGUCUGGUAUAAAUUGUUUAAUAAAAAAAAAGUAUUUUCUA